AUGAUUCCUCCCACCACAGCGAGCCCUUCCAGCGAUGCCCUCUUCCCCACGUUAUCGUCUCAGGAACUGUGGAGGUCCCAGAUGGCAGGGUAUUCUGGAUCCGUCACCCGCCACAUCAGCCACCGGGCCAACAACUUCAAGCGGCACCCGAAGAGGAGGAAACACAUCCGGCCUUCGCCUCCCCCUCCGCCCAACACCCCUUGCCCCAUCGACCGGGUCCACUUUGGUGAGAUCCACCCGCAGAGGUCCUUCUGGGAACUGUUGUUCAAUGGGUGCAUUCUCUUCGGGAUCGAGUUCAGCUACGCCAUGGAGACUGCCUACGUGACGCCUGUCUUGCUCCAGAUGGGCUUGCCGGAUCAGCUGUACGGGAUGGUCUGGUUCAUCAGCCCAAUACUGGGUUUCCUGCUACAGCCCCUGCUGGGCGCCUGGAGCGACAGGUGCACCUCACCUUUUGGACGGAGGAGACCCUUCAUCCUGGUCCUGGCAAUUGGGGCAUUGAUGGGCCUUUCGCUGAUGCUGAACGGCAGGGAUAUGGGCACGGCCUUGACCGACACUGUGAGUGACCACAAGUGGGGAAUUGCGUUCACCAUCUGCGGAGUCAUUUUGAUGGACUUCUGUGCCGACUCUGCAGACAACCCCAGCCAUGCCUACAUGAUGGACGUGUGCAGCCCGUCGGAUCAGGACCGAGGACUCAACAUGCACGCGCUGCUAGCUGGUCUCGGAGGUGGCUUUGGCUACGUUGUGGGAGGAAUCAACUGGGACAGGACUGGCUUCGGCAGGGCGGCAGGGGGCCAGCUCCGGGUCAUUUACAUUUUUACCUCAAUCACGCUGACGCUAGCGACUGCCUUGACUCUAGUCAGCAUUCCCGAAAGGCCCUUGCAGUCUUUCAGCAAGCUGAAGAAGGUGAUGAAGAGCCCCAACUUCCCUCUUCCUCCUUCGCCGCCCCUUCUCUUCGAGGACUGCGGGAACGAAAACCUCACGGCCCAGAACCCCGUCCGUUUGUAUGCCAGUUUCACGAGCCCCAUUUCCCCGCUCAGCCCGCUCACGCCCAAGUACGGCAGCCUCAUCAGCCGGGACAACUCCUUGACGGGGCUGAGCGAGUUCGCCUCAUCUUUCGGGACCUCGAAUAUUGACAGCGUGCUCAUCGACUGCUUCACGGCAGGGCACGAUGGCUACUUGAGCAUCCCGGCUAGCUUGCCCCGGCAGGGCAUGAGUGUCAGCCUCCCUAGGGCCCCCGAAGGAUUCCACUGCCACGAAAGUGCCGCCUUCGAAGCAGGAGAGAAUGUCGGGGUGCUUGGGCCAGAGGGAGACGGCCUGAGGGUGGGUUCCCUGGACGCGAUAAAACCACGGUCGUCGGGAAUCCUGAAAAGACCGCAGACUUUAGCCAUCCCGGAUAUUAUCACAGGGAAUCUCCCCGAGAGCAGUAGGAGAAGGAACGUAACCUUCAGCCAACAGGUAGCAAACAUUUUGCUGAACGGGGUCAAGUACGAGAGUGAAUUGAACGGAUCGAGCGAACUGUCUGAGCAGCCACUUUCAAUGAAGCUCCUUUGCUCAACCAUCUGCCGGAUGCCCAAACCCUUGCGCAACCUCUGCAUCAACCACUUCCUAGGUAAACUUCCGAUUCCUCCCCCAGGCUGGCUCUCCUUCGAAGGGAUGCUCUUGUUCUAUACCGACUUCAUGGGAGAGGUGGUCUUCCAAGGGGACCCCAAAGCCCCUCACGAUUCUGCAGAGUAUCAGAAGUACAACGCCGGAGUCACCAUGGGCUGCUGGGGCAUGUGUAUCUAUGCGUUCAGCGCCGCCUUCUAUUCAGCCUCCCUGGAAAAACUGGAGGAAUAUUUCAGCAUCCGCACGCUGUAUUUUAUAGCCUACCUCGCCUUCGGGCUUGGCACAGGACUGGCGACGCUGUCGCGGAACGUCUACGUCAUUUUAUCGCUGUGCGUAACUUACGGCAUUUUGUUUUCGACACUCUGCACGCUUCCAUACUCGCUGCUGUGCGACUACUACCAGAGUAAAAAGUUCGCAGGAUCGAAUGAAGACGGCACCAAAAGAGGCAUGGGGGUGGACAUCUCCCUCCUGAGCUGCCAGUAUUUCCUGGCUCAGAUCCUCGUCUCCAUAGUGAUGGGGCCUUUGACAGCUGCCGUGGGCAGCGCCAAUGGGGUGAUGUACUUUUCCAGCGUGGUCUCCUUUGUCGGCUGCCUGUAUUCGUCCCUCUGCGUCAUUUACGAGAUCUCGCCGGGCGAGGAAAUGGCCGAGGAGCAACAACCGCUGAUUCUGAGCGCAUGAAGCUGGUGCGGGUGCCGCGGUGCUGUGUGAGAGACAG